AUGGCUGAGACGACAACAUCGUCGACAAUCACACUGUACACGGCAGCGACCCCGAAUGGCAUCAAAAUAUCAAUCGCGCUAGAAGUCCUAGGCCUGCCCUAUAAAGUCCACCAUCUAGACCUGUCCACCAACGUCCAAAAAGAACCAUGGUUCCUCGAAAUAAACCCGAAUGGUCGCAUUCCUGCCAUUACCGAUACCUUGUCUGACGGGUUACCAGUCCGGAUCUUUGAAUCAGGCUCGAUUCUUCUCUACAUAGCAGAACGAUACGACGCUGAGCGCAAAAUCUCAUACCCGACGGGCACCCCGGAGUACUUCGAGACGAUCAGCUGGCUGUUCUGGCAGAACGCCGGUCUGGGACCAAUGCAAGGCCAAGCGAACCACUUCCGGCGAUACGCACCUGAGGAAGCCGAAGAACGGCAAGGGUAUAGUUAUAGUCUGGAUCGAUAUCAGACUGAGACACGACGACUGUAUAAUGUACUUGAAGCGCAUCUCAGCAAGACUACGUCGCUGUUCUUGGUGGGCGGUAAAGCCACGACUGCUGACUUCUCCGUGUUGAGUUGGGUGCUGUUUGCGGACUGGGCGGGCGUGGAUAUCAAUGACUUUCCGCUUGUGAAGAGCUGGGAGGAGAGGGUGUAUGUGAUUCCGGGCGUGAUUAAGGGGACCGAGGUACCGAAAAAGACGUUGGAUUUGAGGCAGAUGACGGCGAGCGAGAAGCAAGAGUAUGCGAAGAAGGCGAGCAGUUGGAUUGUUAGGAAUACUGUUCGGUAA